CUGGAGAAGGUGAAACGAACCGCACUGCGACUGCCGCGCUACAUACAACAGUCCAGUGGCUUGAAUUAGAUUCAUAUACCUAGCAUCCCGUCCCGUUGCAUGCGAAUCAAUUUUGUGUGACUUUGAAGUUCUCAUCCCUCUCACAUACCACGAAGUGUCAACUGUCAAGUGGUUGGCUCGUCUUAAGGUUCCAAUGACAUCAUGCAGACUCAAAAUGCGUUCGAGGUUCAUUGGACACCAUUCCCAGGAUUUCACCCAUCAAGCACAUCGAGAUUCAUAACUCACGUCCGAAAAAAGUUCUAAUGAACAGUAUCCACGCAGCGUGUAAAAUGACUGCAGCCCCCUCUAUAUCGAGUCUUCUUUUACUCCUUGUGGCCUUGGUGCCGCUUGCGCUGGGACAUCCCCGAGAGCCUAACUAUGAGCAGCAUGUUCUGACCGAGGACUUCGUUGAGUCGGGCGUCUUUACAGAGGGUGCGAGUGAGGUCCGAGACGAACUGAAGAAGGCCGAAAUCAUUCCUACAGUAAUCGACGAUUUCAAGCCCUCACUGUCCAUCCACAUCAGGUGGCCCUCGGGGAAACACGCCUCCCUCGGCAACACGCUCAAUCCCAAGCGCUUACAGGACCCGCCCGUCAUCUUGCUGCACGACAUCUCCAAGGCCUCUCCCGAGUCGGGCGCUUGCACCACUGACAAGGGCCGCAGCAGCAUAACCUACGUCGUCACGCUGACCGAUCCCGACGCUCCCUCUCGCGACGAUCCGAAAUGGUCCGAGUUCUGCCACUGGAUACUCUCCGCCACUCUGAAGCCCAUCCCAUCCGAUCCUAGUACUGCUUCCAGCGGAUGGUGCCCUUACGGGUUGAGCAAGGUGGAGGAGGUAAUGCCCUACAAGCCCCCAGCGCCUCCCGCCAAGACGGGCAGUCACCGCUAUGUCUUCCUGGCAUUUGUCCCCGGCAACGGCACGACCGACAAGCUGCACUUGUCAAAGCCCGAGGCUAGGAAGCACUGGGGCUACGAUACUGAGAAAGGGGAAACCAAGGGCGUGAGAGAAUGGGCUGAUGAGAACGGCCUUGCUCCUGUUGCGGCAAACUUUAUAUAUGCCAAAAACAAGAAGCAGUGAAGUUCUUGUCUAGAAGUCGCGGAGGGCUAGAGUAUCUGAGCAAACUGCAUUGAACGAGGAACAGCGUAUGGAUUUGACCUGACGAAACUCAACUCAUUUACGGAUACCUCGGAACCCCUUGUUGCCAGGCCAACCACAGCGGUCUUGGUUAGCCCCUAUCUGGCCUACUACAUAUGUGCAUAGUUGCUGAACGAAUAUUGAAAGGGUGAAGGUGCGCGAGCUUCAACUGGAAAUUGAAAAAAAUGAGAAUGGACAGCAGGCAUACUAAUUCUUGCUUUCGAGAAC